UUUUUUUUAUAGAAUAGACUUAAUAAUAAUAAUAAAUUAAUAAAGUUAAUAGAUAGAAGACUAUAAUUUCUACUUAUAUUAUAAAAGUUAUAAUAUUAUAAUAUAUACUAAAAUAUUAUGACUAUACAUUUAAUAGAUCUAUUAAAAUCUAUUUAUUAGAUUCUAGACUGUCUUAGAGUCUAGAGCAGACCAGUAGAGUAGAAUCUCUGAAGAUUCUGAAGUGAAUUUGGUGGCCCCAAAUGAAUUUAAAAAAAAAUAGAAAGAAAUACCAAAAACUUAAAAGUAAAAACCUUCCUGUCUAUAGAUCUAUUAUUUAUCAACCAAUAACUGAAAUCCAUAUAUAUCUCGUUUUAUGUUGUGGAGACAGUAAACAUAGAGUCAUAGUGCUCUACUAUGUUUGAGUUCUCAUCCAACUUUCACAAUUUUGGUUAAAUUAAGUAAAAAAAAAAGGAAUAAUUAUAAUGAAAUGGUGUAAUCACCAAAGGGAACAAAGAUGAUGAUUAAUUUGAUAUAGCCAUACAAGGAACUGCAUGUCUGUCUCUGACACUGUUACUUCUACAGGUUUUAAUUAAUUUAUUGAUUAUAUUAUUAGAUCUACUCAUGAUGAUGCAAAAAAAAAAAUGUGGCUACUUUGCGUUGACUAGGGAUCCAAUUCAAUGUGCUUUCAACCAAGAUAUCUUACAGGAAUCUACUAUUAAGCCACUUGGCUUCUAAUGUCUCUGCUCUUUGUUGAAUAGUAACUUCAAAUAGACUGACGAUAUCAAGUACUAAUAUUAUUAUAAAGUCAUUUGGAAUUUCAGGCUUGUUGGUGUUGUUCAACAUUAAGAAAGAAUAUUGGUGAAGGAAAGACUCUGUAGAUACCCCAAGUUAUCUUACACACUGACUAGUUUUGGACUAGAUAGUGUCCAAAUGACAUUUAGAGAUCAAAUCUGUGGCCUCUGGGCUCCCAGUGACAGGAGGACUUUGGCAUCCAUCUGCUGCCUGAUUCAGUCUAACCUUGGAUAUUCGUGGAUUGGAGAUAAUAGCCUGGAUGCAGUGUAAACAUUUUUAUGUAAAUCUAAGACCAUUGUUUUUCACCUUUUAAAUUUAAUUAUGUAUUGAUAGUAUUGUUUAGUCUCAUUACUAAAGCCACCUCUUUUAUUUUUUUUAUUGUAAUUUAAAGCUUGUGAUAGAAUGGGUACCAGCUCUGUGCUAUUCAAGUGCUAGUACUCAUGUUCCACAAAGAUCAAAAUGCUUAACGCCUCAUUAAGAUAACAUUGUCUAGUGAGUCAUAAUGAACUCAACAGAUACCAAAGUCCUUCUCCAUGACAUUUCCAGUAACUUAAUUACACCUGUUGGUCCCUCUGAAUCAUCUGAUGAACCUUCACGGGUUUAUGACCCUGCCAAGUUGUUCAGGUCUGAGCCAAGCCAUGUGUCCAAUUUGGCCUUCCUACCAAUACUGGCCAUCAUAGUGUUUGUUGUAUGCAUUCUACUGAAGGCCUACAACUGGUCCAGAGAAGAUGCCAGGUUCAAGGCUAGAGGGGAUGUAGAGUUUGGUGAUGACAGUGAAGUCAACUAUGGCAUCAUUACUGAGGGGGACAAGGAGUACUGUGACAUAGACAUGCGGGGGGAUGGCAUAUCUGUCUAUGACACUGUUAACUCAUACAGGUCUUUAGGGAAUGGUUUCACACCUUCCAUAAACAGUCCACAGUAUUACCAUGACACAGUGACGUCAAUCAAGUCAUUGGUUCUGCAGAGAGCUGACGGCAGCCAAUAUGAUAGUGUCAAGUCGUAUAAAGCUUUCUUAGAGAAGAUAACUCAGGAUAAAGACCUGGCUGUAGAAGUGAAACUCUUAGAGAACUACCCCAUCAGAAGUAAAAGUGUUGAACAUUGUGUGGUGUUUGAGGAAGAGAGCUCUGAGAAAUCAGAAGACAUUUCAUCCAGAAUGCUUAAGUCACUUCCCCUUAAAAAGCAUAUCCAUGAAGAUGGUCGUGUGCAUCAGUUUGAUAAGAAAAAGCACAGGCAUCGCCAAGCAAGUGGUGACCUUCCUGGAGGGAUGCGAAAAAGGUCGGCUUCAAAUCCGACUUACCGCAGAUGUGCUGGUGGUGCCGCUAGUUUGCCUUCUAUUAGGUAUGUUGCAUCUAGUGACUCAGAUGAUGAUGAUCAGCAGGCAGAUCGAAGAAAGUUGUGGGCUGAAAGAAAGAAAAUGUCCAGAUCUGUUUCAGGUGGCAAAAUUUCAAAAUCUUCUAGAGAUGCCAACUGCGAGUCAUGUCCUGGGAGCAAUGGUGAUGACCAUCACAAUAUUCACCGGCGAAAGAGACAUUACUCUGCAGACAGUGCACGGCGGCAUAGAAAGGCAGCAAAUGUACAGCAAAAAGAUGUUACAGACAUAGAUGCUAAUAAACUGGUUCCCCAUGCAGCGAAACAGGAGGGCAAGUCUGCAUCCAGUAAACAAAGAAGCUUUAAAUGCUAUGAGGAGUCAUCCUCUGAAAAUCCUAACAGCUCCUCUGACUCAAAUAUUCCAUCAGAUGGAGUGGUCUCAGAUACAGAUGAUGAAACAAAACAAAACACACUGAUAUCAAAUGCCUCAGAUGAUAAAACAAUGGAGAAUGAUGUGUUUUUCAGUUUGGACUCUGGUACAGAGCUUGCUUCUUCAUAUGAGAUAUUACAAAACUCUAGCCAGAGAAUCUCAGAGACUAAGAAAUCAAUAGCUCAGGCAAAAGAGGAGUUUUUCAAAAGAUCACCUGAUAGCUACUCCUCUCCAUUGACUCUAAAAGUACCUGAUCAAAUUACUUUAGCAGUGAAGACACCACAGACCCUCCACAUCAAUGGAGAUGCUCAUCACAACAAACUUGAAGACUCAGCUAUUAUCAACCAUUCCAUACCUAGUGGUGAUGAAAAUGGCAAAUCAAAACUCAGCCCGUACAUUGUGGCCAAUGCCAUGAUCAGAUCUCAAGCAAGCCUUGACCACAACACGCCUUUGAUAACCACAGACAACAGUAGCCCAGGGAUAGUGGAGCUUUCUGUGGACCCUGGUGCAGAUGACCACAAUCACACUGCAGAAGGUGCUCUCGAGUCACAAAGCUUGUCUAGUCCAAAAAAAGUUCAGCGCUUUCAUGUAUCAUUUGUCAACAUAGAUCUUUCAAAUCCACAGUCUGACUAGUACUUUGCAGCCUCUUUUUCACUUGUAUAGAUACAAUCUAGAGAAUAUAUAUUUUGAAUAGCUCUUUCAGAAACACCAUUUCCACAACAGAAUGUUUGUGUGGACAUUCUUUGGGGAGAAAGUUUCAUUUUGUUUCAUUUAUGGGAUCAAUACAUUUUUUAAAGCAUUUUUUCUAGAAUAUACUUGUGAGUAAAGUUGUCAGCACAUGUGUAGGAUUUCAUCUAUUUAUUUCAAUGUUGUAGUCACGAAUAGAUCUGAUCAUGUUUUAAAACCACAGUCAUCCCCAUCAACUCAUUGGAAAAGAAAAUCCAUUUGUUUAGUGCAAUUCAUUACUUAAACUUUUUUUUUUUGUAUUUUUGUAUUGUUUCAUCCUUUUGUUUUUUGUAUGACAUUUAGAUUCUUCUUUUGAAAGCUGUAAAAUAUAAAUGUGCUUACAUGUAAAUACAUAACUGUGUGUAUAUUGUUGCACUUCUUAGCAUUGUUUUCUUUUUACUUUGGUUCAAAGGUAUAGAACCAUAGUUAUGUUUCUUAAUAGGUUAUUCCUGCACAUGUUGUUAGCUUAUGUAAAUAUUCUACAAAAUGGCCCAGAAUGUGAUAUCUGCUACAUGAUCUAUAGGUUGUUAUUUUACAGAGUACUUAUCAUUUUCAAACACAGACUUUGUUCAAUCUAACCAAAUGGCAUCUUUAUUGAAAUCAUUGAUUGAUUUUUUAUUUUGACAAUACAAAUUAUUCAAUAGUUUUAGAACAAUCUGUAAGAUAGUUAAUUUUUUUCAUUCUUUUGUUGUUUUUUUUUAUUUGUAAUCCUAUUCCCAACACACUGUCACAAUGCUACUAAUUUGAUAUGUUUGUAACAAAAUUUUCAAUGAAUAAUAAUAAAAAUUGACUUCCAUACAUCUACAUUAAUACUGACAACUUACAAACUGUGGCGUGUACAAUGGUUUGCUGGAACUGUAUUAUUCUAUUAAUACACAUCAAAUAAGAUAUUCAAGUAAUCUAUGACUGUUGUAUUGUCUCAAUUUCAAGUUUUUUUUAUGUCUGAAAGGACAUUUCUGUAAGGAGCCAUACAUGACUGCUGUUGGUUCAUUAUACAAACUUUCUAAACAAAUAGUGACAUUUUAGAUUGAUUCUAACUUCAGUAGUUUAUGACCUUAAUACAGCUUUCCAUAACACCUAUAACAAAAAAAUAGUGUAGGAUGGAAGUAAUAUAUAUAUUGGAGUUCACUAGUAAAUUAUUUUUUGUUAGUUCAUUAUACCAUCAUUGAAAUGUAAGGCAGUAUCAUGUUACAGGACUUAAAUAAUUGUAAUGUUGACACACUCUCUGAUACUUUAAUAGAUAAUCUCUGAUUUAUUAAGAUGCAUUAACAACAUAUACUAAAUACUUUCCCUUCGGGGAAAAAAAAAGUCAUGCAUGUAAAUAAUUACAGUAAAUAGUCAUAUAUUUAUUGAUGUAAACAUACACAUUGUAAGCAUAAUACUAAACUAGACAAUGACAAGUGUCACACUCAACAGAUUUUUGUGUGUGUCUAUAUUUGUUUUUUUUUUUACAUUUGUAUCUACAUUUAAACCUUGAAGAAGGCAGCAGACAAAAUUGUUUCAAAUGACAAAGUUGGCGACAAUCUACAUGUUAAGAUCACACUGUUUAUGUUUUGUGUUUUUCUGACUUUAAAAAACAUCUCUCAAGCCAUUCAUAACAAAAACAAAAAAUAUCCUGACAAUGUUCUAAGACUUUCAAUUUAAUUGUCAUUACACUUCUUUUUUCCUUUGUGUGUAUAGGUCACUAGGAUCAUUCUCAUAAGAAAAACAAAAUGCUUAAGAUAACAUAUCAACUUGUUAUUGUACUAAGUAGAGCUAUCAAAUGUUAUGUAAAAGAAACUCCAUUUUUUUCUCCCAGUUAAUUAACACUAAGUAAGAAAUAUCAUUAUCCAUGAUUACUCUAGGUAGAUAGCUUAUAUAAUCUUGUUUAGUUUCACUAAGUAAGAAAUAUCAUUAUCCAUGAUUACUCUAGGUAGAUAGCUUAUAUACUCUUGUUUAGUUUCACUAAGUAAGAAAUAUCAUUAUCCAUGAUUACUCUAGGUAGAUAGCUUAUAUACUCUUGUUUAGUAGCUUUAUAGUUGUUGUCUAUGUCAGUCAAAUGAAUUAUUUUUUUUCUAGUAAGACAAAGUAAAAAAAUAAAAGUUGUACAUUCAGUGGUGAUGUAAGCGUGAGUUGUACAUAUGUACAGUGUAGUUAGGUGUACUUAUAUGUAGGAUAUUGUACUUUUAUUAAAUCUCAGAUCUGGAUGUACAUUUUAUUUUGUUGUAACUUGCCCAAUGUGCCAACCAUCUCUCUCUUUUUUUUUUUUUUUUUUUUAUUGUUAACCUCAAACUCUUGCCUGACACAGUUCUCCUUUUUUUUUUUUUUUGGUCAUUCAUUCCAAUUUGCUUUUGUACAUUAAUAGUUUUGUUUAUUAAAAUAAAAUGUCAUUAUUUUGAUACAUAUACUCUUCAUGAUAAUUUUUUUUUUAAUGAAUUGUUUGGUUGGCAAAUGUGUUCUAUGUUUUUUUUUUUUUUUUGUUCUGCUUGUAAGUUGUGACAACAAUCCCCAAAAUGUACCAAGUUUACUUGAUCUACUUUCCACUUGUACAACAAAGAAUUCAAAGGGAGAUAAAUAGAUCCUCUAUGAGAUCAAAUGUCCAUAAGAAAAUUAAAAUGUUUGAAAAUAGAAGCAAAAUGCUUUUUGAGUUCAAAAUGAAAAUCUAUAAUUAAAAACUAAAUCUUCAUUGUGAAAUUGUUGAAUUACACACACAAAAAUGUUGCUUUUUUUUUAAAAACAUUGUUUAUGAAUUUUUAUUUCAAAUCUCCCAUCCACAGUAAAAAUUGUAUGUUAGUAUUUCUAUCAACUAUUUGUUGAUGGUAUUUAUUUAUUGGAAGUUGGUGACAGUACUGAACAUAAGAUGGCAAAUAUUAUUACUGGAGUUUGGUCAACACAAGAUGAAACACAUUUGUUGUAUCAAAGUGCUCAUCUUGUGUGGAUUUCACAUGAACACAAAUUUAAUUACAUAUUGUUCAUAGGUUAAAUCAUGUUUAAAUGUGUCUAUUUAUGUAUUUGGAACUAACCAAGUUUGCUAUAUUUCUUUUUGUGAACAAGGACAUACACACACUGACUGUUAUAUAGUCUGAAAUACAAUUGUUUGUGUGUGUGAUUGUUUAAAUACUUCCAUUGAUCUGUAUAAAUGAAAUGAAGACUUACACAAGUUCCUUGUAUUAGUUGUUUCAGUUCUUGUUAUGUGAAUAUUUUUGUCAUAAAAAAAAGUAAUUAGAAUUUCGACAGAAAACUUCUAUCCAAAAUCAAAUUUGCUUCAUUAUUAUGGCCUCCUUCAGUCGCGAAGCGACAAGGGAUUAUCUCAUGGAAAUGAGGUGAAUGCCUUGGCAUUAGAUGUGUUCAGAACUAUCUCGCCCCUACAUAAGUUCCCCUCUCUCCACUCAGCUGAUGUAUCUAAGGAGGGGCAAGUGAUUCUUACAGGGUGUAGCACUGAGUGCUGUAAACUGCCUAAAGGUCGCCGGCUCCUGAUUUUUUCUCAGAGUUGAAUUCUGUAGCCUUUCCCAUGAUUGGGUUUAGCUGCAAGGCAGCAGAGGUUUGAAUUCAGAGUUUUCCUUCUCCCCAGCUAUGUCUAAUGAGCCCCUUCUCCCCAAAGCUUACUGGCUUAGGCACCAGUUACUUGUCUUCGCCCUUUCUUCUGUUGGUGAAAACAGUUCUGCCAGACUCAAUAUCUGAGCCACGUGUGAAGGCCAGGAGUUGGAAUGGUUGUCAGGGACUAUUUGAGAUGCUUUACAUUAGGAAGCAUUUUAUAGGUAGUGGAGUGCUUAUAUCCAUUACUACUUCUGACAAUGACAACCUUGCGGAACCAAGGCUCAUUAUAAUGCCACAAAAAGGCUUUUUUUUAUCUUUUAAGUCUCAUACAAACAAAAAAAAUUACUGUCAACAUAUAUUAAAAAAAACAAACUUUAUUACAAUUUUAAUAAUAUAGUUAAGUGUCAAUGUUUAGUACGGUAUCAAUAGUAACUAGCCAUCAGUUAUUUGGUAAUAAAAAGCAGAUGAUAUGUGAGUGCAUAGAGAUAGAUGCACCACAGUAUUUUAACAAAAGUAUAAUGGAUUAUGAAUACUUUUAGUUGAAAGUUCACAAUCAACUGGGAAAACAUAUUACUUACAAUCACUCAAUUUGUUGAACAUUCUGGAUAUCUCAAAGGGUCUUCAUUCAAUAUUCUCAUUUUCAUGUCUCCUUUGAUUCACUUUCUGGCUGUAGUACUGUCUUGCUGGUUCAAUUUUUUUAUUUUUGUUUAUUUUUAAGGUUCAAAUUUUAUUGGUUAGACAUGGCAGUUAUAUUUGUUUAUUGUUGGUGUGCUCCAUUUGAUGGUGUGUCAUGUGUAUUGUACUUUGUACAAAUGAUUUCAUCUGUUGAAACAAGAAUAAGUAGUGUGAAUGUGUCUGUGUUAGAUUUCAUUGUGUGUGAGUUAAUUUAAAUAUGUAGGUUGGUAUACAUUUAAAAUGUACAUUUUUUUUUAAAACUCAGUAGUUUAAAAUCCUUUCUUCUUAUAUAGACUGGGUUCAAUGACUUGACUGUAAACCAGAGUUUGUCUAAUGUUUUUUACUGAGAGUUCCAUCUAGCAUAUACACAGUUAUCUCUCUUAGGGUCAUUUUCAUCACAUUAAUUUCUUCAUUUUUUCUACAUUUUUAUAAAACAAAAUUAUGACUGAUUUAAUAAAGUAUUAUUUUAUCCAAUACAUUUUGAGCCCUUAGAUAGAAUGCUUACAAAGUGUAAGGGAGAUAACAAUUUUGACUGUUGUGGUUGUUUAUUUUGUCUAGAGAUGUAUAGAAUUUACUUAAGUCAUGUACUUGAUUAGAAUAAGAAACAAAUGAUUAUUUACAUGUUUGUUUGUUUUUUGUGUUGUUUUUUUUGUAUUCCUAAACAAAAGUGGAUUAAAAAUGUCCCAAGAUGAUGUGCACUUUACAUGUCAAACCUUUACAUAAAAAAAAAACUGAACUAAAUCUGUAGCACUAGAUACAUGAGAUGAGAAUAUUUACCUAGCAACACAGCAUUAACAAGAAAUUUGUUUUAGAUUGCAAUCACAUACAUUGGGAACCACUCAUAAACACAACAGAAACAAAAAAAUUAUUGUCUGGCCAGUCUUGUACAGUGUACAUGAUAUUAAACAUUUUAUGAUACAAUUUUUAGAUAUUUACAGUAGUAACAGUGCUAUUUGAAGAGCUCCAUGGCAACAACCUUGUAUUGAAUUUAAAAAAAAAAAAAAAAGCAUCAACUUUCCUUUGGUACCUUGCUCUCGUAAUAGUUCAUCUUACCAAGGGAGGUAACAGGGAUGAAGUCUUAAACCAAUCUUGUAAUUUCUUAUUUGUAUACAAAGCUAGAAGUGCAAUGAAUGUAUUUGUUACCAUGCAGCUCUUCUUUUCUAGAGGUUAACUUAUGUUAGCACCUUCAAUGAAUUACUUGAGUUUAAAACCAUUGGUCUGACAGUUGGACAAUGUGCUAUACGUGUAUUGCUUCAAAACAUAUUUGGAGAUUAAAAAUACAAGUUCUAUUACACAUUCAAA